AUGCGCAGCCAGCAAGAGCAAGCUCGUGCUGAGCAGCAGCGCAUCAAGAACUUGGUCCUCAAUUACGACCUCCGCGACGACGACCCCAACGAUGGUGAAUCAUCCUUCCACUAUGUUUUGCAGCCCAACACGAACCGCACGGUUCUUGUAGGCAAAGGCGCUUUGAACCAACCACUGUCAUCUAGGGAUUCCAACAAUCCUGUGGCGACAAGCACUUCCAACACAUUCAAAUCAAGCAACUAUGGCAAUGUCAACACUGCUCAUGGUAUAAGUCUUCAUACACNNUCUCCCCCUUCUGCGAUCACAUCCUCCUACGCCUGCACCCGCAACAACGAAAAUGCAAAGCCCAGAGCUGCCGCAUCAACCACAAAUGCUGACUUUUCCUCUUCUACUUCCACAGCAGCUUUAGAUGCACAGUCCCCCUACAACCAGCCUCGUGUUGACAAAUCAGGGACUUCACGUAACGUCACCCGAAGCAGAAAGUUGCAGCUCAGUGAUGUCGACUGGUAUGCCAAAACUCCCUCCAAUCCCCAAGCACCAUCGCAGAAAGAAAAGCCAGAGACCAAGUUGAGCUUGGAUUCAUAUAUUGUCGCGAGCAAGAGGCAGAGAAAGCCUUCUGAAAAGAGAAACAAAGGCCCGGAUGCUCUGGGCAAUUUUUGA